GAACCCAUAAUUACCUGGGAAGACAUUCUUCCUGUAGUGGGGCAACAUUUCCCUACAGAAAUGAGCCGUGCAAAAAUAAAUGAUGACAUGGAAGUUUGCAUGGUGCGAACCAAAUGGACACCAGGAGGCAUAGCGAUGCACGGUGACGUACUUCAUGAUGAGGAAUUUCUGUCAUUCAACGGCCAUCUCUGGCUUUGGGGUGAAGUCAGAAGCUUGGAAAUCAGACACACUGAAAAGACAUGUUGGUGAACCAUUCCUCCUCCAACACCUCCGUUCCUGCGCUCCCAUCAGACAACUCUUCCUUUAGUGUUUUCUUCCAAUGCCUCAUGACGACUCCCAGCUCCUUCAUCUUCAUCGGCAUCGACAUCAACAUCAUCAUCCUCAUGCUGCCCCUGUCGGUCUUCAUCCUUCAUCAUGGUGUCCAGCAGUGGCUGCAGAGACGCUCCACCUCCACAGCAGCAAUCAGUCACUCUGACUGCUUCACCUACCACAUGGUCGCCAUGGAGAUACUCGGCGUCUUCGGCUACAGCCUCAACUUAGCUGGCAUCCUCAGAGGCGAUGUCUAUAUCAUACGUAUUGGGGAUUUUUUUACUUCCCUCACUUGGUUUGGGCAGAUUUUUUUUCACGUCCUGACGUGUCUGGAGCGCCACCUGGCUGUGGUUCAUCCCAUCGUCUAUUUGAGACUGAAAAACGAGCGCGGGAUCAGGAUCAGGAACGUCGGCAUCGGCUGCGCCUGGAUGCUCAGCGCAGCUGGGAUGAGUGUGAUGAUGAUGACGACCUUCUUUUACAUCUGGGAUUUCUGCAUCUUGCUAUCGUCUUUAGCGGUCCUUAUCCUCUGCAGUGUUUCUGUUCUCCGGGUUCUGAUUCGUCCAGGACCAGGAGAACCAGGUGAAGGCAGGGAAGCGGCUGCCCAGUUAAAGCAAAGAGCUUUCUGCAUGAUUUCCACCAUACUGGGAGUUCUGGUUGUGAGAUUCGCUUGGAAUUUUGUUUGGGAGAUCAUUUUCAUGAGAGGAUCCCAGAGUGAUUGUGUUUUACUGGCUGUUUGUGUCUGGUUCAACGUGCCCAGCUCUCUGGUUUUACCUCUUCUGUUUUUACACAGAGCAGGAAUGUUUGUCGGCUGUGGAAAUGAAAAGCAGUCAGGAAAAGAGAAACUUAUCAAAUAAAAUGACAUAGAUGUUGAAAAUAGUAGAAAUAUUUCACAUCAACAUUACAAAAUCACUACAACAUUUAAUUUGGUUUUGUGUCCACUGGAUGGCAGCAUGAACACUGACAUGAGGAUCCUUCAUUAAGUAAACGAAGCUCUGCGAAUACAUUUUUAAUCGUAAUAAAAGUAAUGCAUUGUUACAUCUGGUCGAAAGGUUUGGUUUAAAGAAAUGGUCAAAGCUAUAAAGUCUCAUUGUUUGGUAUUUGCACAUAUUAAUUUAAGUAUUUUGUGUAGAAUGAUCAUUGUAUUUAAUGCUCAGUGAAAUAAAAUUAUGACUUUGAAACUUUGGUUUUAUGUUUUGCUUGGUAAAGUUUUGAUAUUUUUUGAGCUCUUACCUUACUUUAGUGUCUCGUAUAUGGAUUUAUGUUCCACUCUGAGCUUCAGUCUUUAGCUGCAUUUUAUCUUAAUAGAUCAUAAUUCCUGAUUUUAUAUUUCUCUGUCACCCCUUGAUUCAAGCUUUGUUCUUUUUAAGGUUUCUGUGUUUUCUUACGUUUCAUAGUGUUUUCUUCAGACUGUCUUACAGCUGAAAGUUUUCAACAGAUUCUUUCAGUGUCUUAUGAUGCGUUCCAGUUGUCCUCUGAACUGGAAAAUUCAGACUUCCCAGUCAUAUAAAUCAACUGGAAUGCCCUCUGAAGCCAGAUUUCCAACUGGGAAACUACAGCCUCUUGCGUUUCAAUAUGGCCGCUCCUUAAAACAACAGCGAUAGACUAUGGUGGGAUUUUUAAAAGUUAUUUUAAAAAGACAACAUUAUAGCAGUGCUUCUAACAUAAAUGUUACUUGUAUUGCCUCUAACUCUAAACAGAAUAAAUUGAAACUGGUGUUUGCUUAUGGAAA